UUCUCGAGUGUUGCCAAGUGUCUUCAGGACUAACGAACCAGCUUCUGCUUGGAGUAGAUCGAAUCGUCCCUGCAAACAAAUCAGAAUGUUCCGAAAAUUGAUCGUAGCAUCGCUCGUGGUUUCGUUGGUCGUGGCCCUCCCACAACGAUCACUGUCCCGUGGUGGAGGUGGUGGUGGUGGCGGUGGUGAUGAUGCUGGAGCGGAAACCCUCGCCCAGGAUACGGUCAUCAACGCGGACGGCUCGUACACGUACAAUUACGAGACGAGCAAUGGCAUUAGCGCGUCGCAGGCGAGCAACGAUGGCACCAACGCCAACGGAAACUUCGCCUUCACUGCUCCGGAUGGCCAGCGGUACGAGAUUGUGUACGUGGCUGACGAGAAUGGCUUCCAGCCGCAGGGCGCUCAUCUGCCGACCGAGCCGCCAGCACCUGACCACGUCAUCAAGAUGCUUGAGGAUAUGCGCGCCAACCCGCCAGAGGGCGCUGACAUUGAAUCCCUGGACGCUACUCUUAACAGGCUCCGGGCUACCCUUGGCUAA